AUGGGGCCAGCUUGGCUGUGGCUGCUGGGAACAGGGGUCCUGGUUUCUGUCCAUUGCCAGCCUUUUCCCGCACAUGGACAUAAGAGUCUGGGGAUGCCUCAAGCCCACAGUGACCAACUCUCAGAGCCAGUCCCGGCAUACCACAAAAUCACACCCACCAUCACCAAUUUUGCUUUACGUUUAUAUAAGCAGCUGGCAGCAGACAUUCCUGGAAACAUAUUAUUCUCCCCAGUGAGCAUCUCUACCACCUUGGCCCUGCUCUCUUUUGGGACCAAGGCUGACACCUCAACUCAAAUCCUGGGGGGCCUGGGCUUUAACCUCACAGAGACACCGGAAGCCGACCUCCACCGUGGCUUCCAGAGCCUCCUCUACACCCUGGACCUGCCCAGCCCCAAACUUGAACUGAAAGUCGGCAACUCCAUUUUCCUGGACAAGCACCUCAAACCUCAGCAGCGCUUUCUCAAUGGCAUCAAGGAGCUGUACGGUGCCUUUGCUUUCUCUGCCAACUUCACGGAUGCUGCUGGGAUGGGGACGCAGAUCAAUGAGUACGUGAGAAAGCAAACGUAUGGGAAGGUGACAGACAGCCUGCAAGAGGUCAACCAAGACACACUCAUGGUUCUCUUGAAUUUCAUCUUCUUCAAAGCCAAGUGGAAGCAUCCUUUCCAUCGCUACCAGACCCAGAAGCAGGAGAGCUUCUUUGUGGAUGAGAGGACCUCCCUCCGGGUCCCCAUGAUGCACCAGAAGGAAAUGCACAGGUUCCUCUAUGACGAGGAGCUGGCUUGCACUGUCCUCCAGAUCGAAUACAGUGGCAAUGCCCUGGCCCUGCUGAUCCUCCCUGACCCAGGGAAAAUGGAGCAGGUGGAGGCUGCUCUGCAGCCAGAGACCCUGAGAAAAUGGGACCAGCUGCUCCUGCCCAGUCUGCUGGACUUGCAUCUGCCAAGGUUUUCCAUUUCUGGAACGUAUAACCUGGAAGAGAUCCUGCCCAAAAUCGGUCUCUCCAACGUGUUCAACUUAGACACCGACUUUUCAGGAAUCACUGGGCAGCCCAACAAAACCAUCUCCAGGGUGUCACACAAGGUGGCGGUGGAGAUGAACGAGAAGGGGACCGAGGCUGGGGCUGCCUGUGGCCUCCUCUCCCAGCCCCAACCUCUGAAGCCAAUGACAGCAUCUCCUGUGCAUCUCAGCAGACCUUUUCUAAUGCUCCUUUGGGAUGUGACCACCCAGAGCUUACUCUUCAUGGGAAAAGUGGUCAACCCUGCUGCAGGGUGA